AUGCAGCACAUCACAGCUGACACUCACCUGAUGCAGUACAUCACAGCUGACACUCACCUGAUGCAGCACAUCGCAGCUGACACUCACCUGAUGCAGCACAACACAACUGACGCUCACCUGAUGCAGUACAUCACAGCUGACACUCACCUGAUGCAGCUCAUCACAGCUGACACUCACUUGAUGCAGCACAUCACAGCUGACACUCACCUGAUGCAGCACAUCACAGCUGACACUCACCUGAUGCAGUACAUCGCAGCUGACACUCACCUGAUGCAGCACAACACACCGGACCACCUGAUGCAGUACAUCAGCCGACACUCACCUGAUGCAGCACAUCACAGCUGA